UAUAAUGGCAAGCCAGUGACGUUGGUGAAGAAAAUGUGUCAAGGUGUGGAUUGACAUAUGCCGGAAUGUGCAACUAUAGCAUAUAAUACAGUUUUUCUCUAAAGAGCGUGAUGUCAUUGUAGUGCUUUACACAAGCAAUAUGUACAUAACUUCAGGAUAAACAGGUAAAACAAGAGACAAAUAUUUCUGCCAAAGUACGUAUUUUAUAUCAUCAUAAUUGUACUCAAUAAAAGAAGCACAAACUUUACCAAUCAACGACUGUGGAUUGAGUUCGUGCCUUUACUGAAAAUCCAUUUUAUCCUACACUGACUUUGUAUCGCGAUGGGCAGCGUUUGGAAACGUUUGCAGAGAGUUAAUAAACGUGCGGCGAAAUUUCAGUUCACUGCCUCCUAUCAUGACCUACGAUUGGAAACCACCGCCAAGUGGCGCCCUUCAAGUCUCUCCGUUGUGUGGACGAGACGUUCGAGACGUGUUGCUAGCUCUCCGUUGCCAUGGGAACCAGACAUGAUGAACCCACUAGUGGGCAAUAUUACGUGGCCAGUACCAGACAAUCACGCUAUAUCAGUUACAUUAUUCAAGGAUCCCCGCACUCACGAGCUGGAGGACAAAGAUUGGACAUUUGUAAUCGAAGAUAUUUCACUACUGGGCAAAAAGCGUGUACUGGCAAACGCAAGCAUCAAUAUGCGUAAAUAUGCUAGUAUUGAGUCUACACAGCAGAGUUUUACAUUGAACCUCAAACCAGUUUCUCGAAAAAUAACUGCCGCUGAUUUGGAAUUGACAAUCAGUUGUGUCUUUUUGCGAGAAGGAAAGGCAACCGAUGAGGAUAUGCAGAGCGUUGUCUCAUUUAUGUCAGUUAAUAACAAUUGUGAUGUAGCACCCCUUGACGAUUUGGAGGAUAUACCAGACUUGGAAAUGUCUGGAGAUAUCUCGGAUAACUUAUAUGAUUUCACUCAACAGUUGGAGCAGAUGACGACAAGCCUAAAUGGUUGUACUGAUGUACCAACGCCGCUGAGCGUCCCAUCAUUAUCCGAAGACCCAACUCCAUUGGCUGAGUCAUUUAAUAAUUUACGUUUUGAACUAGAAGCGGAUCGUGAAAACAAACAGAAAGUCGUAGGAUCACCGCCUCGGAUUUUGGUUGAAGCAAAUGAAGCAUUAAACACUCCGAGUGCAUCAAAUUCACAGCAUGUUAGUCUCAGGACCCCAACCAAGGGUGUAGACGAUGAUCUGCCAAAUGUAGAAAAAUCAACCUUGAUAUUCAAUCACAAUGAAAGGUUCUAUGAAGUGCUCACAUCGACGCCUGUAGAAAAUACGGCCGCUGCAACAGACAAGAUUAAAAAAAGCAAUUCGAACAAAGCUCUUAUGUUUGAAAAGCAAGAUUGUAGCUCUGCAGAAAUAUUGAAGUCGCCGAAAUCCAAUUCUUAUGUCGGUAAAUCAACUGCUGUCUCGAGUGUUACAACUCCCACCACCUCCACAACCACCAAGACAUCUGAAUUAGCCCAGUUUGUCGAGGAGCAGAUCAAACCACUAGAGGACUUGGCUGUAGUAUCCAUCACUAAGCGCCCUGAACUGCAGCCCUUGAACUUGAAGAAAAGUUAUGAGACUGCACCAAUCAUAAAUAGUUUGGCAACGAUUAAAAACUCAGCUUUGAAUCCAGUAGAGAAAAUCGCGCUGAAGGAUAACACACCUGGCCAAGACUUGUUAGAGUGGUGCAAAGAGGUUACCAAAAAUUAUCCAAAUGUUAAAGUUACCAAUUUGACAACCAGCUGGCGCAACGGCAUGGCUUUCUGCGCAAUAAUUAACAAUUUCAUGCCGCAUUUGAUAGAUAUGACGAAGCUGAGUGCCCAUGAUGUUGUUGGUAACUGCCGCAUUGCCUUCGAUGCGGCAGAAACAUUGGGAAUACCACGGGUUAUCGAGCCACGAGAUAUGAAUUUACUCACAGUACCAGAUAAAUUAGCAGUUAUGACCUACCUACAUCAAUUGCGGGCACACUUCACAGGAAAACAAUUACAAAUAGAGCAAAUUGGGCCGACAUCGGACGAGUCCAGUUAUGUUAUCGGCAAUUAUAAGUCAGACAACUUGUCGCAGAACCUUAUCAACUUUUCACACCUAAAGACACAGCUUUUGCCAUCGCUGGACGACGAAGUCGUGAGCCAGCAGCAACAAAUAUCACCGACGAGUAAAAAAGACGUCAAGAAUCUUAUACUAACAAGUUCAAAGAGUAUAUUGGGUAAAGUCUUAUCGCCGACAAAAGAUAAAAAUUCGAUAAAUGCAACACAGCCACAGACAAGUCAAACAACCAAAUCUUUACUGGGUCGCCAGACUCCUCCGCCGAUCGAUGGUAACGGCGACACUGCAUAUGAGGAAAUACAAAAGAUUAACAAGGAACCAACGUCGCCUCUGACGCUGGAUACCAAUGCAACAAAUCGAAUUUUAAUGCGCCACAAAGAAAUGAGCGAAAAAGCUAAGCUAAUGAUGGAAAAAUUAAAAAUUUCGAACUGUAACGAGCGCCCAGAUGCUAACGAUGAGGAGCGACAGCAGCGAUUACGGGAGCAGGCACGACGUCUCAUAUCAGAAACGAGAAGUAAAGUGACCGGACCAGUGAACAGUGGCGUCGAUGGCCCCACAACCCCAACUAAGUCUAAACGUUUCAACUACACACCCGAACGUACCAUUUCACCUAUACACAAUGGUGGGGAUUCCUAUGUCGACGUCACUACAAAUCAAAUAGCUUUCAACCGGAAUAAGGCCGAGCACUUCGUGAACCACGCGAGUCCUAGUCAUAGAUUAAGCGAUGGCAAUAGCACUCCCUUGCAAUCCUUCAACGCGGCUGUCGAAAGGAUCUCACCAAAGCACGAAAAGAGAAACGAUAAGCUCACAUAUAUUGAGUCCGAACUGGAAGCACUGGAACGCGAGCAGGAAGCAAUCGACCAAAAGGCUAGCAGUCUCGAGGCCAAACUGCGGGCAGUCAUGGGCGGUAAUCCAAGUAAUAAUCAAAAGGGUACAAAUCCUUUCCUUAGACUAAUACGAAAUAGCAUCGGUGGUGGUGAUGUCAUUCGCAUUAAACUGCUUGACUCAGAUGAUUCAAACUUAUUUGGUAGUGAUGUAAGUGGUACUGGUAGUGGUAGUAAUGACGACGAAGAUACACACAGUGACACUUCCAGCACAUGCAGCCCCAAAGUGCACCGUCGACAAGCUCAGGCGAUCGAGAUGCAGCCGAUGCAGCUGUCACGACCACGGCCAAGGCCAAGGCAACGCGCUAAUUCUUGUUUUGUAAAUGCAAACCUUAACUAUCCAAUUAUUCGACCCACAUGUCAACAACAACAACACUUACAUGACCAUCAUUGCCAUAAUCAUCAUCAGCAUGGUUCUGGCCAACGUCCGCACCACGUUCAUCACGUGGAACCAUGUAGUCAUUUGCUUGGUAUCUCCGCCUCAGUUGCGUCCUCCCGGCAAUCCUGUGAUAACCUGCAAGUUUAUAGUGUAUAUGAUGAUGCCCUGCUAGUAGCAACCUCAGCGCCUCGGCGUCAACAUGAUCGCCACAAUGGCAGCCAGCAGAAACAGCGACGUCAGCGUUCGCGUGGUCUUUAUGAAACUGAAGAAACUGAGGAGCAAUUACUUUCACAGUGGUUUACAUUGGUAAACAAGAAAAAUGCACUUCUGAGAAGGCAGAUGCAGCUCAACAUUCUCGAACAAGAAAAGGAUCUCGAGCGGAAAUUCACGAUGCUUAAUCAGGAGCUGCGCGCUGCUCAGUCCGUUGAGGAUUGGCGUAAAACGGAGGUGCAACGUGAAAAAGAGCGACUGUUACUCGAAGAACUGGUGACUAUUGUUGAUAAACGGGAUCAGCUUGUGCAACAUUUACACAAUCAAGAAAUAGCUAUUGAGGACGACCACGAAAUAGCCCGCGAACUUGAACAAGUAAAUAUUAGCGGGGGCAAAGAAAAGUGUCUCAUUCAAUAGACACAAAUAACAUAACAAAAACCAAACACCUGAUGUAAUUCAACUUGACUGGAGAUUAUACCUAUAAUACAAUACAAUAAACAUACUUAUGAAGCAGAUCGAAGAUUUCUUCGAUAAUCAGACGGGAAACAAGAGUUUAAAAUGGGAUAUAAAAUUUUCAAAGCAAAACGUCCGAUAGCAAACUAAGCAGAUUUCAAGUUUCAUACAAAUUUAAAUAAUUUAAUCCAAAAUAAUAUUUUCAUAUUUUAAAAUAAAAUUUUUACAGCAUAACCAUAACCAUAAAUUACGGAAACAUUUCCUUUGUGCCAUUAAUCUUUUCCAUUUGCGUUAAAUUUCCGGAAUUAAAAAAACAAUGACCCAAUUGUGAGUUAAAUAUGUUGCAUAGCCUAAAUACGUAUUAAGCAUUAAACGAAAACGCUUCAUCCCUAAGAAUAUGUAUAAUAUAUUUUGUAUAUAAACUGGUCUUAUUUAGUUUUUACCUUAAUCUUAUUUCAUUAUUUAAUGGUGGUUUACUUUAUGUUGCGAUUGUCGUAAUUGGCAAUAUGUAAAGCCGAUGCUUCAACUUAAUGAUCCUUUUAAAAUACAAUUUUAUAUGUAAAAUUAAAAACAAAAAAAUUGCAAAUAAACAUGUGUUAA